AUGAUGUUUGUAUGUUAUCUUGUUGCGGAGGUGACAAUGUUUACUUAUAUUGGUGCAGUCCUUGACCCCUCUAUGGCAUUCAAGUAUAUCUCGCUUGUGGGCGCCGUGUCUUUCGUUCUUUACAAUCUUACCAAGAACAUGAGGGAAAAUUAUGAUAAUCUGCGUAACCAGAUAGUCGAAAUACUAGAAAAGACAGACCAUCUUUCACAGCUGAAUAAGGAGUUUAAAAUAAGUCCUGGAGAUACAUUCGAGCGAAAGGAGGAACCAGAUGGCACGGUAAAAACACUUUUGAAAAUUACUGGUAAGCCGUCGAAAGUUGUUCUGCACCAUGACCACUAUGGUACCUAUUUAUCAAGACCCUUGCUUGACUUUUGUCUUGAGGAAUGCGAUCCACUUCGAAGAAAGGUGUUAUUCAUGACUGUAAAAGUGCUUCUGAUGACUUUUUAUCUCUUGAUCGCCAUGUGGAUAAAAAAUGUCUUUCACAAGGAAAAAGAAGUGUCGUCGAUCUUUUCCAUAAUACAAGGGAUUGCCAUUAAUUUCGUUCCUAAUCUCCUUCAGUUUCUUGUGGAUAAAAGUCGUUUCGGCAAGAAGGAUUCUGUCGACCUGCACCGAGAUGUUCACGAAGCAAUUGUUGCUUUUGUUGAAAGAUAG